UUGACCCCCAUCAGACCUCAGACCAGGUCCACACUGAGACCACAUGUCUCUGAAGCUGACCGGACCAACUGCUACAGAGAAGAACCGACAGCAGAGACCCAGAACCUUCAGCCUUCAGACGUUGCAGGUGUCUCCAGGAGUCUCCAGGUGUCUCCAGGUCUCUCCAGGUGUCUCCAGGUGUGCACGGUGACGCUGAGCAGCAUGGCGGUGGGCCUGCAGGUUGUGGGUCUGGUCCUGGGCGUGGUGUCCUGGUGUCUGCAGUCCAGCUGCACCUCCUCUCAGGUGUGGAAGGUGAGGAGUCAGAUGGAGUCGGUCAGCAGCAGUCAGUGGCAGUUUGAAGGUCUGUGGAUGAGCUGCGCCGCCACGUCGCUGGGUUCCCUUCAGUGCAGCCGGUUCAAGACGGUUCUGGGACUGCCGGCUCACCUGCAGGCCUGCAGGGCUCUGAUGAUCCUGUCCCUGCUGGUCGGUCUGGCCGCCGCCAUCGUCUCCGUUCUGGGACUCAAGUGCACCAAGAUCGGCAGAACCCCGGAUCACGUCAAGGACCAGAUCGCCCUGAGCGGAGGAGUCCUCUUCAUCCUGUCCGGUGUCUUCACUCUGACUGCAGUGUCCUGGUAUGCUGCCAGAGUCAUCCAGGACUUCUACGACCCUCUGUAUGGAGGGGUCAGGUUCGAGCUGGGUACUGGUCUGUAUCUGGGCUGGGCGGCCUCCUGUCUGGCCAUACUGGGAGGGUCUUUGCUCUGCUGCUCCUGCAGGAGGACUUCCUCUGCCGCCUCUGCACGGCAGUUUUCAUAUAACUUCUCCUCUACGAGUCAAGGACAGAAGAUCUACAGAGCAGCUCCGGCCUCAGACAGCAGCAGCUCCAAAGCUUACGUCUAGACCGACCAACAGUCUGAUUCCAGAUCAGCUUGUCGGGUUAAAAGACUCCUCUGCACUUUUUUUUUUUUUUUUUUUAACUAAAGGAGUUUUAUUGUCAAUGGAACAUGCUUUAAUUAACGCCUACAUCUUUUUUAUCAGGUCAGAGUUCCAAAACCUUUCCAAACUGACUUGGUCGUUUUAUUUUGAAAAUGCUGUAAAUAAAUGUUUCCUGAAUCUG